GGCCGGGGAGGGGGCGCGCAGCCCGAGCCCCGCCGCCGUGUCGCUCGGCCUGGGCGUGGCCGUCGUGUCGAGCCUGGUGAACGGGUCCACGUUCGUGCUGCAGAAGAAGGGCAUCGUGCGCGCCAAGCGACGAGGCACUUCCUACCUAACAGACAUUGUGUGGUGGGCCGGCACCAUUGCUAUGGCUGUUGGCCAGAUUGGAAAUUUCCUGGCUUACACUGCAGUCCCCACGGUCCUGGUGACGCCCCUGGGUGCCCUUGGAGUGCCGUUUGGGUCUAUUUUAGCUUCUUACCUUCUUAAGGAAAAGCUCAACAUCUUGGGCAAGCUGGGGUGUCUGCUGAGCUGUGCAGGCUCCGUGGUGCUCAUUAUCCACUCCCCGAAGUCGGAGAGUGUGACGACGCAGGCAGAGCUGGAAGAGAAGCUGACCAAUCCAGUGUUUGUUGGCUACCUGUGUGUCGUGCUGCUCAUGUUGCUGCUGCUCAUCUUCUGGAUCGCGCCAGCCCACGGGCCCACCAACAUCAUGGUCUACAUCAGCAUCUGCUCCUUGCUGGGGAGUUUCACCGUGCCUUCCACGAAGGGCAUCGGGCUGGCGGCCCAAGACAUCCUGCAUGACAACCCGUCCAGCCGGAGGGCGCUGUGCCUGUGCCUGGUGCUCCUGGCCGUGCUGGGCUGCAGCAUCAUCGUGCAGUUCCGGUACAUCAACAAGGCACUCGAGUGCUUCGACUCCUCCGUGUUCGGGGCCAUCUACUACGUCGUGUUCACCACGCUGGUCCUGCUGGCCUCUGCCAUCCUCUUCCGGGAGUGGAGCAACGUGGGGCUGGUGGACUUCUUGGGCAUGGCCUGCGGGUUCACGACCGUGUCCGUGGGGAUCGUCCUGAUACAGGUGUUCAAAGAAUUCAAUUUCAACCUCGGGGAGAUGAACAAAUCAAACAUGAAAACAGACUAGGAUGCAGUGAGGGGUUGGGUAGCUCGAGGAACAGGUGGUUUCCUGGCCUUACUGGAGGUGGUUUCUGCUCCUGGCUGGACGCGAAGUGGAAGAAGCCUUCAAUCGCUAAUGUUAGAGUUGCCUGUAUAAUGGGUGGGCCGGUGGAUGGGGUAGCGGGGCUCAGGCCUCCGAAGUCCAUAGUCGCCCAGCGUUGCCUGGCACCAUCUCUCUCUGACAAGACGAAUCUCAUUUUCAUUUCCAUUAAUCUGGAAGCUUUCAUGAAUACUCUUUUCCUUUAAAAUAUUUUAACAUUAUUGAAGCAGAAAAAGGUGGGCUCUUUCUGGUUAGUCUUUGCAGGAGAGCAGAUAUCCUUACUUAGAAGAAGCCUUUGGAAGUGAAGAAACGUCUUGAUGUCUGGCUCUGUACAGCAAUGGAUGUGUCUGUAGUUGUGUUAGUUUGCAUUGAGCAUGUUUAACAUUUAAGUAAGUUGUCUAAAUAAGAAGUAUAUACACUGAAUUGUUUUUAAUCCACUAACAAGUUGAGUUUCCCACCCACUUACUCCAAGACAUUUUAACGGCAGAUGGAGAGAGAAGAGUUGAUGUAGUGUACUGUGGGCAGGAUGACUUUUCAAUAGCUCAAGUCAAUUUCAGUGCCUUUAUCAUUUGAAUUGUUCACUUACUUUGACUAUUAUUGUGUAUAUGUUCUCUUAGAUUAUAAUAAUGCAACCUCCUUGAUGACACUUUAGUAUUUCAAUAUUCAAGUUAUAAAUGUGUAAAGCUAUUGGAAAUAAUAGUACAUUUAUGCAUCACUUAAUGACACGUGUGUUCUGAGAGGUGUGUCAUUAGGUGAUUCUGUCAUUUUAUGAACAUCAGAGUACACUUAACACCAACCUGGAUGUUGUAGCCUACUACACACCUAGGCUACAUAGUAUAGCCUGUGUUUGUGGGCUACAAAACCACACAGUAGGCUGCGGUACUGAAUACUGUAGGCAAUUGUAACACAUUGCUAAGUAUUUUUUGUAUCUCAGCAUAUCUAAACAAGAAAAGGAACAGCAAAAACACUGAUAUAAUCUUAUGGGAUCACUACCAUAUAUGUGGUCUGUCCUUGACCCAAAUGUCAUUAUGUGUCACACAACAUUUAUUCACUAGGAAAACAGUUAAGACAAAAGGCCCAUCAGAGCAAACUGAUCCACUCUGCAUGUAGCUUAAAUGUUGUCCAUUUAAAGACAGUUGAUUUAAGUAGCACGAGGCAUUCUGUUUGUGUUCAAUCUGUGUGUCAAAUAUGUCCACGUUCUCUUCAGCAAGUAUUGCCAUUCAGAAUAAAUCAUUUAACUUAUAAUAGGAUUGUUAAAAGAGGAAGUAACUGUCUCAUAGUGUGUACACUGAGGUCCUGUCACACAGGGCCAAGUUUAAGGACACAUGCAGGCUUAGGCCAGUUUCUACAAAUUGUCAUACUUAGGGCAGCACCUGUGGCUCAGUGGGUAGGGCACCAGCCCCA